AGCAUGGGGUGAUGAGGACUCUCCUCUUCUGAUCUCAAUGCAGAUGACCAGUGAUGGCCACAGCAUCACCUCAACAUUUGUUGGAUGACACAAUAAACACAGGACAACCCCAACAACAGGAACAACAGCAGCAAGAAGAAUUCCUGAGCUCACUGGAGACGAUUGCUCUCACCAUCUUCCUCUCCAUCAUUAUUAUCAUGACGGUGUUUGGCAAUCUGCUGGUAAUGGUGGCCCUCUGCAAGGACAGACAUCUACGGAAGAAGAAGACCAACUACUUCAUUGUGUCGCUGGCGUUUGCUGACUUGCUGGUUGCGCUGGUUGUGAUGCCCUUUGCUGCGAUUGAGUUGACAACCGGCCAGUGGGGGUACGGAGAGAUCUUCUGCCUCGUCCGAACGUCUCUGGACGUCCUGUUAACGACAGCAUCCAUCCUGCACCUCUGCUGCAUUGCACUGGACAGGUAUUACGCUAUCUGCUGCCAGCCUCUGGUCUACAGAAACAAGAUGACCCCGGUGAGAGUGGCAGUGAUGCUGAGUGGCUGCUGGCUCAUCCCCACAUUCAUCUCCUUCUUACCCAUUAUGCAAAGCUGGAACGCCAUCGGCAUCGAGGACAUUAUUGAGGAGAGGCGAGCUUUGACAGGAGGCUCCAACGACACAAGCUGCGUGUUUCUGGUCAACCAGCCUUACGCCCUGAUCUGUUCUGCAGUGGCUUUUUACGUCCCAUUGGCCCUCAUGGUCCUGGCCUACCAGCGUAUCUAUGUCACUGCCAUGACCCACGUGCGGCAGAUUGAGACGCUGCAGCGUGCUGGCUCUGCUCCCGUUACUGGGACGGCUCCUGUCAUCACUGUGAGGUCCUCCACUUCCUCAGAUCCUUCGGAGCACUACCAUCUUAGGACAACAAUGGGUUCCUCCUCUUCAGAGCAGGCUCCUAUAGCGAACAGCCGCAUGCGUGUUGAGACUAAGGCGGCAAAGACACUGGCGGUUAUAAUGGGUUGUUUCUGCCUGUGCUGGGCGCCGUUCUUCAUCACCAAUGUGGUGGACCCAUUCAUUCAUUACUCAGUGCCCUGGCAGCUGUGGACAGCCUGGCUGUGGCUUGGGUACAUUAACUCAGGGUUGAACCCCUUCCUGUAUGCCUUUCUGAACCGGGCAUUUCGGAGGGCGUUUCUGGUGAUCCUCUGCUGUGAUGAUGAGCGAUACGCACGGCAGGGGAGCUGCUCCUAUAGACAAACCCAUAGAGCGUGUUCUGCUGCGUCAGUCAACGGGACGUCUAUGGCACUGAGAUUGUCCUUCCUGCCAAACCGGAGCUACAGCGACAACGGGCGGACGAUACUGGCCAACGAGCAGGAGUCCCAGGACUCUCUUGGAACGCUAUGAGGAGGACAUUACAUUGACAGAGCUGUAAUAUUAAGCAUGAGGACCUUUGAGUUCUAAGCCUCUGUGAUCUCAACAGUCUGCUGUGAUCCAACCUGACUGGUCCGUUUAUGAGGAUGUUGUCUUA